AAAUCCUGUGAUCGCUAUUGUUGUAUUGUUCACAUGUUCUACGGAAGUUCAGGGAUCGGCUUGCUAGCUAGUAUAGCUCACACUGUACCGUCACACGGCCACGGCUUGCAUCGUUCGGUCAUAAUCGGCCCAUUUGACUGAAGUUCAUCUUCAAGAACAAGACAGAAACUCGUAAUCAUGCCACCUGCACCUGGUUACUCUCAGGGUGGGAAGACCCAUACCGUCCCUGCCACGCUGCAUGCUGACAACAGAGGGCGCCUUCUAGAGCGUCUGCGGGCCAAUAAGGAUGUUCCUGCUGGAUCAGUGGUGCUUCUUGAAGGAGGGAAGGACAUCAAUCAGUAUUGCACAGAUAUUGAGCUGGUGUUCCGCCAGGAAUCCUACUUCAUGUGGACUUUUGGUGUCGAGUUGGCCGGUUUCUAUGGUGCGGUUGCUGUCGACACGGGAAAGGCUGUGCUGUUUGCUCCUAAAAUACCAGAGUCUUACAUAGUGUACAUGGGAGAGUUGCCCUCCAACGACAACAUAAAGGAGAGAUAUGCAGUGGAUGAGGUUCACUAUGUGGAAGAGAUUACUACUGUACUGGAAGCAAUGAACCCGGCUACUCUGCUGACACUGAAAGGCGUGAACUCGGACAGUGGGCUGACUUCACAUGAAGCUGAAUUUGAUGGAAUCAAGAAGUUCAAAGUGAAUAACUCUAUUCUUCACCCUGAAAUAUCGGAAUGUCGUGUCUUCAAAAGCCCUGGUGAGCUUGAGGUCCUUCGCUAUGUCUGCGCGCUGAGCUGUGAAGCUCACAAGGAUGUCAUGCGGAAGGCCCGUCCAGGGCUCAUGGAGUACCAACUAGAGAGUACAUUCCAGCACUAUGUGUACUACCACGGCGGUUGUCGCAGAGUGGCAUAUACUUGCAUCUGUGCCAGUGGACACAACUCCUCUGUCCUACACUAUGGGCAUGCAGGCGCCCCCAACAACAGCCAAAUCCAGGAUGGAGAUAUUUGCACUUUUGAUAUGGGUGCAGAGUAUUAUGGAUACGCCUCUGAUAUCACGGUGGCCUUCCCCGCUAACGGCAAGUUUAACAACGACCAGCGAAUCAUCUACGAAACUGUCCUGAAAGCAAAUCGAGCUGUUUUCAAGGCAAUGAAACCAGGUGUCCUGUGGACAGACAUGCAUCUCCUUGCUGAGCGGACCAUCCUAGUUGAGCUGAAGUCACAUGGCUUGGUCAAGGGUGAUGUGGACGAGAUGAUGAAGGUUUACUUAGGGGCUGUCUUCAUGCCGCACGGCCUCGGUCACUUCAUGGGAUGUGACACCCAUGAUGUGGGUGGCUACCCAGAGGGUGUUGAGAGGGUCCAAAGGCCAGGAAUUCGUAACCUGCGCACUUCCCGUGUUCUGGAAGCUGGUAUGGUCAUAACCGUUGAACCUGGAUGCUACUUCAUCAAAGCAACCCUGGAACCUGCCUUGAAGGACCCUAAGAUGAUGCCAUUCCUUUGCCCUGACGUCUUGGAAAGAUUCAAGAACUUUGGUGGGGUCCGAAUCGAGGAUGACGUCUUGGUGACCAAAGAUGGAGCUGAGAACCUGAGCCCCUACGUCCCAAGAGAGAUUGCAGAAAUUGAGGCGCUGAUGGCCGAGGGGCGCUAGAUGGAUUUAGACCCAGCACCAACAUUUAAAAAAGCAUCAACAUUAUCUAAACUAAAGAAGAAAUCUCACAGUGAAAUAUGACUACAACACACAGUUACAUAUUUCGAUGUGCAAAAAUGUACAUGUAUUUUCAACCAAAUGCUUGAUGGGUGCAGUGCAUUGUAGGUGUUAUAUGAUGGACCAGCCUGUAAGUCUGAAUCCAUUUUUUUUCUUCUAAAAAAUUAUCUACUCUGAAAUGCCAAAGCUUUCUCCUUGAGGAGUUGAAGUUUGUUAGCUUACUUUUCAUUGUAAGCUUUAAAAUCUUUAUUAAUUUAAAAAUGUUUGAAUGAACAGACGUUUUUUAUAAUUGCAUGCGCUCCAUUUAUAAGACUAUGAAAAUUAUAAGAGAAAUAGCAUGGGCCAUCUGCUUUGAAUAUAGAGUGAAAGUUUAACCGGCCGAGGCUGACAACUUGAUCCUCAACGAUUCCUUUAAUUUUUUGAAAAGCAAUCCUUGAAAAUGCACCUUUGUAUCCCAUUUAAUCUAUAUUUUCAGUUAUCGUUUUCAACGGUAUUUGGUGCCUUUUUAUUAUUAUGCUAGUGUAUUUCUAUAUUCAUGAGCAAAAGUGUGAUGUCAUUUCAGGCAGAAACCUCAAUGUUACUGCAAAAGUUGCCUGAAAUUUUGAUAUUUUGCUGUCGUAAAUUUUCUUUUCUUUGGCAAUUCAUUGUUGCAUCAGUACAUGGCAGUAUAAGCCAAUGAGCAAACUUUUCUCACAAACGUUUUCAAUGGGCAUGUUUUGGGGUUCAUAAUUUGAACAGAAAACCCCUUAACUGAACAGUAUCUUCCUGAGAUGACAUCACAGCAACAGCGCCCUGAGUUGUCCGGAAAAGAGUGGACAAUUUUUGCAAUAAAAUUAACCAAAAAGGGGGGGGGCAAAUAGUUUUCAUACAUUUAAGAGGAGUGGAAAGUGGCACAAAAUGUGUUCCUCACAAAAAUUUGUCACAUGGCCGCUAAGCAACAAUGUAGUCAAGUCGUACAUUUUGAUGCAGUAUUUCUAUGAAAUUUGGCCCAAGCAAAAUCCUAGAAAACUCGGACUUAAACAUAAUUGGAAUCCAGAUUGUCGAAAUAGAUGUCUAGGCUCAUUUCAAGUCUGGACUUAACCGACCACUGAUUGUCUAGUUCCAGACAUGUACUAACUUCAAAGUUAAAUUACGCUUUUUUAUUUUUUUACUUCGUGGGAAUCAGUGCAGAAUGUACAGCUUGUCAUUAUCCACAAUGUCAGUGUGUAUAACGUAUUACAUUUUACACACAAAAAAAAUCAAUAUACAUGUAUUUAUAAAAAAUAUUAUACCUCUAAAUAAGAUUUUUUGAGGUAUACAUGAAAUUUGUCUAAAAUUAUAAUAUGUUUUGAAAAUUUGAAAAAAAGAGCAUGUUAUAUUCAUGAAAAUGUUGACUGCUUUGAAAAAAAUUAGGUAAGAAAGGAAACAAAUUGCAGCAGAUUAUAGAUUGCUGGCCUUGUUACCCAGACUAGGCCAUCAGCCUGGGGGUUUGGCCAGUAUCAGAUCGGGGCAUAAAUGACUAUAGUGCGCAUGCGCAAAGUAUACCGCCCCUAGAGUGGUAACAAGCAUUUUGAUGGACAUUUUGAAAAAAAGGUGAUAACCCCUAAAAAGCUGCCACCGCUGCAAUGUUAUCACAUAUUUUCCAACUCUGGAGGUGUAUACCUUGCCAAAAAUCGCUAUGACAAUUAUUCUUCUCAUUUGAUACCAGUUGCCAAAAUUUUGGACCGAAGCUGAUGGCCUAGACCUAAAGCUAUCACUAUUUAAUACAAAAUGUAAACAUAAAUAGGGACAUUAUCCAUGCUCAUGUACUCAUGAUAUAAGUUGAUGCACAUCGUCAUGCGCGUUGGGGGGGGGGGGCCUCCCGACGAGCCAAAAAAAAGGGGGGGGGGGAAGAGGCGCAAAGUCAUAUUGUUGUGAAUUUAAUGGGUUGGGGGUGGGGAAUGUCCCUGCCCACCCUCAAAAAAAAAGAAGAUAUAUCGGGAAAUGGUGGACAUUUUAGGGAUUUUUUUGGGGGGGGGGGGGGGAAGGUGCUUUGCCCCCCUCUAGAAAAAAAUCCUGGCGACGCCCAUGCGCAUCGUAAGGUGUUUUGCAAAUAUUAUCAUGUUUAACCAGCUGUGAACACCAACUUAAUUUUGCUACUUUUGGGGGGCAACAAUUUUAAUUUGUGGGUUUAUACAGUUGCUAAAUAUGGUAUAGGCCUCCAGUUUCUAAGCUUUGUUUUGGUUGGGGCUGUCCUUUUUGCAAAUGUAUAUUAGAAAUUGCACAAUAAAUAAAAUUGACGGCUUUGUCUCCUGGAAUAAGUUAGAAAUUGCGGAAUAUCUGUGCUCUAAGUACCUUGCAUUCUUUUUGUGGGCCCGGGAAAAAAAAAGAGGUCCACAGGGUGCAGGAAGUGCCGGGGAACGUUUUGUGGACUUGCUCACAUCCACACAAGGUUCCCUCUCUCUGAAAAACAGGAUUAUUAGAGGCAUUUGGGGUUAGGGUUUUCCUUCGUAAAAUGAAGAGGAACACUGCGGUACGAGGAAGUCCUGAUUGAACACAUGGCCGGUUGAAAGAGUGUUCUCUGUGCGAGUAAAAUCACUUUGUUUCCGUUCGAUUAUGUUUUAAUAACACGAAUAAAAAAAGAAAUGUCCACAGUAGGUAUGGAAGGCAAGUUUAUGAGCUUGUGCACGGUGUGCUCUAAUAUAUCUUUGUGAAAUAAAUUAGACAUUACACAAUAAAGAUUACUAAAUCCA